UCUCUGUCAGUUCAUUCUAAGCACCUACAAUCGUAGAAAUAAAUUAAACAGUCUAUAAUACACUCAUUCUGAAAUGGAAUUAUCACUGAAUUCCAUUGGAGCCUCCAUUGUUUUGGUCACAGUGGUAACACUGGCAUGGAGAGUGCUGAACUGGGUAUGGUUGAGGCCGAAGAAGCUGGAGAGGUACCUGAGACAGCAAGGUCUCUCCGGCAAACCUUACAGGCUUCUGUAUGGAGACUUGAAGGAGGCCUCCAUGAUGCUAGAAAAAACAAAAUCCAGAUCCUUCAAUGUCUCUGAUGACAUUACACCACGGCUUGUUCCAUUCCUCUGUAAAACGGUAAAGGAUCAUGGUAAAAAUUCUUUUAUGUGGGUUGGUACAAUACCCACGGUGACCAUCAUGAAUCCUGAACAAAUAAAAGACAUAUUUUCCAGACUUGAUGAUUUUCAUAAACCUGAGGGAAACCCACUUGCAAAGUAUCUUGCAAAUGGACUUUUAGUGUAUGAGGGGAAGAAGUGGGCCAAGCAUAGAAGGAUCAUCCAACCAGCAUUCCAUCUAGAUAAGUUGAAGCUUAUGUUACCUGAAUUCUAUCAAGUUUGUAAUGAGAUGAUUAGCAACUGGGAAAAGUUGGUCUCCGCAGAAGGAUCAUGUGAAUUGGAUGUAUGGCCAUAUCUUGUUAAUUUGACGGCUGAUGUGAUUUCUAAAACAGCAUUUAGAAGUAACUUUGAAGAAGGAAGAAAGAUAUUCGAACUCCUCACGGAAUUAGGUGAUAUUACACAGGAGAUUCUACAAUCCGUUUACAUACCCGGAUGGAGGUUUUUACCUACAAAGAGGAAUAGGAGAUUGAAAGAGAUUGACGAUGAAAUACGAGCCUUGCUUAUGUGCAUCAUUAAGAAUAGAGAGAAGGAGAUGAAAAGAAGUGAAGCUGUAAAGAAUGAUUUACUGGGUUUACUCAUGGAAUCCAGUUAUAGAGAAAUUGAAGAGCAUGGAAACAACAAAAAUGGUGGAAUGACAAUGGAUGAAGUGAUUAAAGAGUGUAAGCUAUUUUACUUUGCUGGUCUAGUGACAACCUCCGUUUUACUUGUGUGGACUUUGGUUUUAUUGAGUGAGCAUCAAGAUUGGCAAGCUCGUGCAAGAGAAGAGGUUUUCCAAGUAUUUGGUGAUAAGAAGCCUAGCUUUGAUGAAUUGAAUCACUUGAAAGUUGUGACAAUGAUAUUAUAUGAGGUGCUGAGGUUAUACCCUCCAGCAACUACACUUGGUCGAGCUGUUGGCGAAGAAAUAAAGAUUGCAGACUUGUCACUGCCUGCUGGAGUUGAGGUUUCAACGCCGGUUAUACUGGUUCACCGUGAUCAAGAACUUUGGGGUGAUGAUGCGGCGGAGUUUAAACCGGAGCGGUUUGCUGAGGGAGUUUCAAAGGCUGCGAAGAGUCAAGCUUCGUUUGUCCCUUUUGGAUGGGGUCCUAGAAAAUGCAUUGGUCAAAACUUUGCUCUUAUGCAGGCAAAAAUGGCUUUAGCUUUAAUUCUGCAAAACUUUGCAUUUGAGUUAUCUCCUUCUUAUGUUCAUGCUCCUAAUACGGUCAUUACUGUUCAUCCGGAACAUGGUGCCCACUUGAUUUUGAAGAAACUGCAGACUGAGACAGUCAGUUUGAACUGAAGGCCCCUUCCACAAUAUUCUUUUUCCUUCCGUCUAAUUUCUGGGUGAAGGAAAUAUGAGAAUAUUCCAGGCUUAUUUUGUAUCAUUUUACCUAAACGUUUUAAUUUCCAACUAUUUUGCUUGUUGCACACUGCUCUAUGUAACCUUAUAUUAUAAGAAUAAAUGAAAUUUCUUGUUUGAAAGAUGCAA